UUGAUCGCCAUGUCUAAUGGUAGGUUACUGCACUGCCUGAUCGUCGUCUCUCUCCUCUCCGGUGUUGCCCACGCGCAGCUCUCGAAGAAUUUCUACGAAGCCUCCUGCCCCAGCCUGGAGACUACCGUGCGGGCGGAGAUGAAACAUGCCGUCGGCAAGGAAAGUCGGAUCGGCGCCUCGCUUCUGAGGCUCUUCUUCCACGACUGCUUUGUCCAGGGCUGCGACGGCUCGAUUCUUCUCGACGAUGGAGGCGAGAAGUCCGCCGACCCGAACGUGAAUUCCCUUCGUGGCUUCGAUGCCAUCGACAUCAUCAAGGCAAGCGUGGAGGCCAAGUGCCCCGGCGUCGUCUCGUGCGCCGACAUUCUCGCGCUUACAGCGCGCGACGGGACAUUUCUGCUUGGCGGGCCAUACUGGGACGUGCUGCUCGGGCGGCGCGACUCGAUGACGGCCAACAGGUCCCUCGCCAACACCGACCUCCCACUAGCGAGCGCCAGCCUCGCUACGCUCAUCACCAAGUUCGACAGACAGGGGCUCUCGCCGAAAGACAUGACGGUGCUGUCUGGCGCCCACACCAUCGGCAUGGCCAAGUGCCCCAGCUUCCGCGACCGCAUCUACAACGACUCCAACAUCGAUGCAUCCUUCGCGAAUCAGCUUCGGAAGACGUGCCCCAAGUGCGGGACAGGCAGCAGCCUGGCAUCCAUAGACACCAAGACUCCAAUGGCAUUCGACGCCGCCUACUUCCAGGACCUGAUUGACCGCCGCGGCCUGUUCCACUCUGAUCAGGAGCUCUUCAACGGCGGGUCGCAAGACGCGCUCGUGCGACAUUACAGUAACAACCCAGCAAUAUUCCAAUAUGAUUUCGCAAAGGCAAUGAUUAAAAUGGGCAACAUAAAGCCCCUCACCGGCACCGCCGGCCAGAUCAGGAAAAACUGCAGAAUCGUCAACCGCGCUUGA